UUGCCUGCUCCAGCGAGGUCUGCGAUGCUAACAACUGUAAAAGGGAUCAGAAAUGAAUGAACAAUCAGACAAAAGCACUUCCACUCACGAGGGACACACAGGUCAAAGUUCUCCUGAGAAAAACUGUCAGAUUGGACAGAAGCAACUGGUAUGGCAAAUGGGUAUGAGGGUUUCAUGGUAUUUGGAGAGGUCUCAACUUGGGGAUCGCUGAGGUGAGCCUGGACUUGGGUGGAAGGUGGAUCGAGUCAGGAUUUCACGGGAAGGUUCUCCACUCCUCUGUGCUGAUGGGGCUUCGCCCCGCCCUUUUCACUCAGCUCCCUGCGGGGCUGGUCUCACUUCACAUGCCUCCUCUCUGUCAUUGACCUCCCUUGAUUUAUAGCCCAGUGUUCUGUGCAAUAAAAUCCUGCUCCCUGGAGAAGAAUAUUUGUGGAGAAUAUAGUGUUUUUAUAGUGUCCAGUGUUUUUAUUUUAAAAAAACUAGUCCCCCCCAUUUUUAAAGAUUUUACUUAUUUAUUUGAGAGAGAGAGUGAGAGAGUGAGCAUGAGCAGGGUGGGGAGGGGCAGAGGGAGAAGCAGACUCCCUGCUGAGCAGGGAACCAGGGCCCUGAGAUCAUGACCUGAGCCGAAAGCAGACGCUCAACCGACUGAGCCACCCAGGCGCCCCAUGAUUCUAAAACUUUGCAUAUAUUAAUUCACCAAAUCCUUCUCACAAGAUAAUCCUGUUACCCCAUUUUGCAGAAAGGAGACACCGAGGCUCAGAGAAGUAGGAGCUUGGUCAAGGCACGCCACUAGUAAGUGGCAGAGCCCAGAUUUGGACACAGAGAAGCUUACCCUCAUGUCUCUGUUCCUCAUCGUUUGCCAUGGAACUGAGAAUGCAACAGAUAGAGCGGCAGUUAAAAUGCUUGGCGUUUCAAAAUCCUGGACCACAGGUAGCGGACUUUAAUCCUGAAACAAGGCAGCAGAAAAAGAAAGCUCGGAUGUCAAAGAUGAAUGAAUAUUUUUCUGUAAAAUACAAAGUUAGGAAGAAGUACGACAAGAGCGGCAGGCUGAUCUUCAAUGAUGCUGAUCUGUGUGACUGCUUGGAGAAGAACUGUCUGGGCUGCUUCUACCCUUGUCCCAAGUGCAACUCCAACAAGUGCGGGCCCGAGUGCCGCUGCAACCGACGCUGGGUUUACGAUGACAUUGUCACCGAAUCCGGGGAGGUGGUCAGCUCGCUGCCCUAUCUGGUGCCUGACUAGGGGCCAUUGCACGCGGGCUGGUUUGGUUCUUCUUCCUGACACCUAAGCCAACCUCUUUCUCCGGGGUGGAUUUUAGGGCAUGGGGAAGAUGCUGGGAAAGUAUACGGAAGACUCCUGUUCUCUGAAGCUGUUAGAACAGUAUAGCAUGAACGUUACUCUGUCCCCUUUUUCUGUGUCUUCCCCAACGCCUUCACCUUGUACCCAGAGAAGGAUGGUGGGUGAUCUCAGCAUCGCCUCCCCGGGACACCUCCAUCUCCGCUCUCAGUGAAAAAUCUCUUGCCUCUUCACUGCCUGAGAUCGUGUGGUUUUAAGAGUUUCAGAAUUCUGCAGCUGGGAGCUUUUCUUACACAGAACGUACAAUCUUAAAUUUAUAAGACCUACUGACCCUUACGCCAGUUCCAAGUCAGAACUGCUCUUUGAAUAAAAAACACCCCCACAUCUUGUGAUUUUGCACUGCAUAUGCAUAGUCUUAUUUUUAAAUUUAAUGUCUUAAUAACAUUCCGAUUAAAUUUGGUCACAACUUGGCAAUAUUUUUAUGAACAAUUUGUAUUUUACUUGUCAAACUGAGAAAUUGGGACUUGAAUGUCCUAAAAGUUAGUGGUUUCCUUCCCCCUCCCCCCAUCUCAGGAUCAGUAUUUUCAGAAUUUUUUUCAAAAGGAGGAAACAAGUUAUUAUAUAAAAGUGUACUGUUGUGUGUUAGCUCAGGGAGGGUAUUGAUAUGCAGUUGACUGGACAAGUGAUGUGAUUUUUUUUUUCAAUUCUGAAACAUUUUAGGAGGGAUGCAGAAAUUUGAACUAAGCCUUCUUUGGAUUUGCUUUUUUUUUUUUUUUUUUUUAAGAUUUUAUUUUUAAGUAAUCUCUAGACCCAACGUGGGUCUUGAACUCAUAACACUGAGAUCAAGAUUUGCAUGCUCCACUGACUAAGCCAGGCACCCCUCUUUUUAGUUUCAAAAGCCUUUAUUUCGCACAACCCACAGGUGUCAGAGAAGGUUCCUAAUAAUUCUUGACUUGUUAUGUGACCAUAUGUUUUGGAACUAAGGUAACAAAAAGCCUAAAAGCCCUCCUAUGACUACAGUUUUCCUGUAUGUGUAGCAGGAGAACUUACUCUGUUUUCCACGUAAUUUCCUGGGGUUCCAGAUUCAGCUCACUUUUACUGAGCCUCUACUGACUUUUGUGAGCCAAACAGUCAUGCUAAGUGCAUCCAGUUCAUUACCUCGAACCCUCCCAUCCUAUGAAGAAGGCAUGAGAUCAAGUUACCCAAGUCUGAUCCUUUGAAAUACUUACCAGCAAUGUGCCAAGCAAAAGGAGUGGGUGCUUUUUUUUUUUUUUUUUGGUUUAUAUUUUGUUUGGGUUUGAGAAUAACUAUUGUUUUGUACAUGGCUGACCAAAUGAAUUGUUUUCUUACUUACUUAUUUUUAGAAUCAUAUAAUUUUUACACUUGAAAAGGGAUCUUGCCUGUUGUCUAGCUAGUGAAUUAGUCAACAAAUAAUAUCUGGGAGGUUCUUAGGUGCCAGGCACCAGGCGAGGCACAGGGGACCCAAUUGUGAGCAUAGCCCAGCUGGUUCCUGUCUUCAAGGAGAUUAUAGACUAAAACCCUUCUUGUUGUUCUAUUUUUACAACUGAGGACUUAGCCCCAGUAAGAUAAAGUGACUCAGUUAAGGACACACAGAAGAGCCUUAGUGUUUUGAACCCCAUGACUAGGUCAGUGUUCUUUCCCUGACACCAAGUAUUUCCCGAAUUUGCCUGAUUGCAAAGCUUCUUCAACUGCUUUUAAUAACACACAUUGCUGAGCCCCAUCCCAAACCUCAGGAAUCAGAAUGAGGGAUGAGGCCUGGAAAUUCUCACUUGUCAUCCAACACCCCAGGUCAGUCUCAUGUUCAGCUAAGUUUGAGAAACACUCCCUUAUUACUAGCUGUCCUAUUUUCAUAUUUAAAAAAAUAAUCUUAGGCAAAUUAACCUUCAAGUAUCUUUCCCCUUUGUUUCUUCUCAUCUUUUAGUCUUAAACGUUAGUUGAGAUCAUCUGAUUUAAAACGGACUGGUUUAAAAAGUGUGUUGGCAGAUUAUGUUGGUAAGUUUUCCAAGUAAAGCAAAAAAUGAAGUAAAAAACUGUAUGAUUACGAAGCAGACACCUCAUACUGCUUUUAUGGAACCCUAGCAAAACAUUUGAUGGAGUGCUUUUUUAGAAAUCACAUUAUUUCAUCUGGUUCUAAAGCCCUUUCUAUGCAUUUUUAAAAAGGCUCCCACACUAAAUGAUCCGAGCACAAAUAAAUUCAUGUGAAUUGUCAGAAACUUAUCUUGCAAGUGUCUAAUUUUGUCACAAAAUGAACAAAGCUCUUCAGUGAUUUGAACGAAAUUCAGAUUAGCAAGGAAUAUAGCUGUACUGUCUGGUGACAUUAACCGAGGAAACUGUCUUGUCAGUAGAACAGGAUAUUCCUUUCUCUGCUUGGCUCUCUUUCACAUCCUGGUGGUGUGUCUUCAUGAAUAUGUAUAGAAAUUGUAGAUAUCACCAUGUUGUUCUGUAAUGCCUUGGAAACCGAAACAUUUAUUUGAGCCGGCCUGCAGUGUUUGGCCAGCUAGGAUAUUUGCUGUGCGUCCAGGGGGUGCCUUUCACAUGGACGACCCUGCCAACAGCACCCCCUACAGUUGUUCAGCAAAGCGGCCCUGCAAGCAGGUGUCAUUUGAUGUGUGGAUUUCUUGAUUGCUUGGGAUUUAUUGACAGUAUGUGGUAGGCAUUGAAUGCUUUAGAUCACCUCAUAUUCUUGUAUAAAAUAAUGGAAAGAAAAUCCUCUUUUUUUUUUUUUUUUUUUUAGAUUUUAUUUACUGGAGAGAGAGAGCAUGAGUGGGAGGGGCAGGGGGCAGAGGGAGAGGGAGAAGCAGGCUCCCCUCUGAGCAAGGCGCUUGACAUGGGGCUUGAUCCCAGGAUCCCAGGAGCCCGGGAUCAUGACCUGAGCUGAAGGUAGACACUUAACCAACUGAGUCACCCAGGCGCCCCAGAAAAUCCUUAUAUCUUAUUUCUUUUCCUUCCUUCUCCAUGGUGUCGACAACAGCAGAAGUGAGUUUUCAGGUUAUUCAGGAUUGAAUGGUCCAAGCAGUUUUAUACUGUGUUUCUUUCUCAGAAUCUUUAUUUUAAUCCUGUAUUUGGUAUGUUCGAAUUCUUCUUCUCAGAUUGCCUAAAAUUCUUCCUUUUUCCAUAGUACUGUUCUUCAUUCUGUAGAAAGGAAAUGACAUCAUCACUAGUCAUGGCUAAGAAGCAGUUGAUUUUUGUUUAUGGUUUGUGGUUUUAGCAGAUAUCCCCCCUCACCUUGUGUGUUCUUACAUUGGCCAAUGUUUAGGGAAUAUAUCAGAGAUCAGGGACUGAGUUUAAUUGUUUUUUCUUCAAUAGUGUUUUCGAUAGUCCUUCAUGCUUAAUAGAUCCACUACUUAGUGAUCCCUCAUUCAUUGAUUUAUUCCUUCAUUCAUUUACCAAGCACCUCUUACUUGCUGGACACUUUAUUAGGCACCAGGGAUACAGUGGGUAAGAAAGAAAGAAAAACUCCUAGGCUAUAUGAAGUAAAAAGAAAACCCAUGCCCCUUCCCAGUGUAGCCUUCCUCCUGUCUGAGGUCCUUAUCCAUCUGCCGGCCUCUCUCCACCUUUCAGAGUCCUCUUAAUGUUUAUUUAUAACAUCCAUCCUUCUUAUCUGUACUUACUGAGAGGAAUAGAAAAGGUACAUCUACUCCAUCUUUCUGGAAAUGGAAGUCCCUUGUUUGGGUUUUGAUAUCCAGGUAAUGCUAGCUUCAUAAAAGGAUAGCAACUACUUUCUCUUUUUUCUUCUCUGGCUUUGUUUCACAUGACAUUCUUCUUCCUUAAAUAUUUGUUGGAAAUUGCCAGUAAAGCCGUUUGGGCCUGAAGUGUUUGUUUGGGGGUUUUUAAUCCAUUUUAAUUAAAUUCUCAAGUUUGUGAACAUUAAGUCACACAAAAUAAACUGUUCUCAUUUUUAUGUAGAAAAUAUCUUCCCCAAAUUUUAACCGUAAACCACUAAAAGGGUAAUGCAAACCAGUAUCCUUUCAAUAAAUUCCUUUCCCCUCUUAGAUUGGGCCAAGAAAGGGAACAUCUUGACCAAUGCAGGUACCACCCAGAAAAUGGAGAGACAUUUAUACUUGCAGCAAAUGCCUUUUCAAUGAACUUUCAUGAGAAACCUGUUCCUUUUCUUUCCUAAGGUAUCCCUGAGGCCUGAUUUCAGAGGUCUGUGUCAGAGGCUCUCUGGCUUCUUCUCAACACACCUGUUUCCAGUAUGAACCAGGAUGCUCCCAGCAGUGACAAGUGAAAAAGUGUUGUUAUACAAUUCAGAAUGUAUCAACUGAAAUAGAAUACAAAUUAGCUACUUUUCAGGAGUUAUUGCAAGCCAGUCCCAGAGAGGGAAGAGAGGAAGAGAGAGGAAGGGAGGGUGGGGGGAUGCUUCUUUUCAGAACUACUUGAGAUUCAGAAUCUCUUUCUAGCUUUAAAAUUUUCCAUACAGCACGUGGCAGCACAGUAGCAUUAAGUUAUAUGAUUUCUAUGAUUUUUGCAUAUAUUUUGGCAAGAUGAGGUUCAUUUGCAUUUUGCAGUUUUUAAUAACCCAUUUUCCUAAAAGGUUUGUGAAGAAUAAAAAGUUACAUGCGUGGUUUUGGCUCCCUCUGCUGGCCAUUCUUGGGUACUUUAAGUUUUACCCAGAGAACAAAACCAACAUUCCCUUCCUGAAAUAGAUUUGGGUUUUUUCCCUCAAAGUUGAACUCAACAUUUCCAAAUCUAUGACAGACCUUUAGGUUUGGUAAAUAUAUUUUUAUUUUGACUUUUUUUUUUUGCUUCAGAACUAUACCUGAAAAUGAUCCAUUUAGCAGAAAAAUAGUUUAGAAAAUAUUUCAGAUAAAAAGCGUAACUCCCACUAUGUCUCUUUCUCAAGCUGUCUGUGGUGAAGAUACCCAGUUAGUUAUAUGGACUGAUAUGGGAUCUUUUUUUUUUUUUUUACGUUUCUUUGUUGGUUUUUCACGAUCAGCCUAUAAACAUGCUCACGACGGCUAGGAUUUUGCAACUACGAAGAACUCUGGCUAAUUGAAGCCAAAAAAAGGGCCCAUCACAUGUAAGGAAGUGCACGAGAGCUGGCCUCGGGAAGAGCAGGUGGCAGGGCAGCUCUAUCGGGCUGGGUAACCUUGCAUUAUAGACCGUGACCUCCAAGACCACUUGUCAGGUGCUCAGCUGAGCUGAGGGAGAAAUGGGUUGUUAGGUGUCUGAUUAAAGCUACUUGAUAGGAGUGGAAGGGUACUGGCUACUGAGUCAGAGUGGGGAAAAGUGUCUCUCAGAUUGCCUCCUCCCCCGCCUCCCCCCUCCCCCCCCCCCCAUAAGGAGCCCUCAGCAGAAGUGCCUGAAGAAGACCUGUGCCCAAAGCCUCAGAUAGAGACGCCAAGGAAUGAAGGCACCUGGCGAGAAAUGCAGAUGUGCCAAGAGCAUGAGCCAAAGGGGCUUAGUGCUUGACUGCAACUCAGUGCACGAGCUGUGUGCACCCCACUGGCAUGUGGCGGGCAACUUUCCUCCUGAGACGUGCCAGGGAAGGUUUCUGGAAGGUCAGGCUGAAAAAUCACACAGAGGUUUUUAACCCGGAGCCGGACUCCUCAUCAUUGUUGGGGUGAAUCAACUCUAACCAUUUUUGUCCUGGUAUCAAUCACUCACGUUUUAAAGACCCCAGGGACAGUGCUGAAUGGUCCUAAGGUGGGUCAGAACCUCCCCUCUCCCCUGCCUCAGGCUCUCAGUCCUGACAAGACAGCAUGGAGUGGGAGAAGAGGAAUACUCAAAUAAAAUCAGGUUCUGUUGCAAAACCGAGUGGAAGAGAAGCUAGGCAGGCCAGCUCCACACUCGUGCACUACCAUGCUCUGAUGUCUCCAUUCUCAGAAAAAAACAAGCAGAACAAAUUGUAGAAAGGUCUCUCUUUGGGUGGAUGUCUAUUGCUGACCUCUCCCAUUAUCUGAACAGUCAGGCUUCUAGAAAUAAUACUCAGCACUCAGUGUAUCCAUUUCUUCUUUAAUUUUUUUUAUUUAAAAAAAUUUUUUAAAGUAAACUCUACCCCCAACACGGGGCUUGAACUCACAGCUCUGAGAUCAAGAGUUACGUGCUCUACCAACUGAGCCAGCCAGACGCCCCUCGGUGUAUCCAUGUCUGUCACAUAUUCAUUUGUCAACUCACUGAGUUUGUCAUUGGCUCCCCCCACCGCCAUGCACCCCAGACUUCCCUUGCCAAGAUUCCCAAGGACCCCACUGUGGUUAAAGCCCGAGGACAUUUUCUUUAAAAAAAAAAAAAAAAGAUUGAUUUAUUUAUUAGAGAGAGAGAGCACGAGCAGGGGGAGGGACACAAGGAGAGGGAGAGAAUCCCAAGCAGAGCCCCCUCUGAGCAUGGCGCCUGAUGCAGGGCUGAUCCCACGACUCUGAGAUCACGAUCCGGAGAUCCUGACCCCAGCCAAAACCAAGAGUCAGAUGCUCAAUUGACUGAGCCACCCAGGCGCCCCAAGCCUGAGGACCUUUAUAUCAUCAUUUUGCUUGACCUCCUCUUGGUAUUUUGAUGCUGCUGGCCACACGCUGUCUGGCGAGAGCCCUCUUGAAGGUUAGGCUCCUUGCUACCUUCAGCAUUUAUGGAACCGUCAGCAGGACAGUGGUUAAGAGCCGGGGCUGGAUUAGCACUUGGCGUUCAGCACCUGGCUCUACCCACCACCACUGAGUGACCGUGGGAAAGUCAUGCAAAUUCUCUUUGUGAGUUUCCUCACCUAUGCAAAUGGACCUGCCUACAGGACUGUUGUGAGGCCCAACGAAAUAAUGCUCGAAAAGCACUUACCACUGUGCUGAGCACACAGUAAACAUAGCUUGAUAAAGGGUGAGUAUCACCGUGGACUCAGAGUAUCCAUGUUCACAUCAAUCAUGGCACUCUUUUCUACUUUGUAUUGUGACCCAUGUUCACAUCAAUCACGGCACUCUUUUCUACUUUGUAUUGUCUUUUUUAUUUUUUAUUGUUAUUUUUUUUUUUUUAUAUAAAGUUCACCUGAGUUUGUAAGUUCUUCGUGGGGAAGGACUGUGUUUUUGAAAUACCAGAUCUUGGAUUACUAUGGCAUAUUUGUUACAAUUAAUAAACCAAUACUGAUACAUUACUAUUAACUCAAAUUCAUACUCUCUUCGGACGUAUUAACUUUUACCUAAUGUCCUUUUUCUGUUUGAGAGCAUAUCACAAGGGAGAAAUGACUCCAGUCUAGACACAGAGCUGAGAAUGGGCUGGCGUGUUGUUGGAACAACGAGGAAAUUGGGUGAAGUGUCAAACAGAUCCUACGAGUUACCUGGGGUUCUAAUGAGACCAGUUAGGACCUCUCUGGAUAUUUUUGACUUAUUAGAAGAAUCACAUUAUCUUCAGUAAUGCUAUGCUGACUGUGAAAGAAAGUAACCGUGCCCCUCUUGUCGAUUCACUAAUCUAAACAAACAUUCAAGGGAAAACCUCGGGCGCCUGGGUGGCUCAGUUGGUUGAGCGACUGCCUUCGGCUCAGGUCAUGAUCCUGGAGUCCCUGGAUCGAGUCCCGCAUCGGACUCCCUGCUCGGCAGGGAGUCUGCUUCUCCCUCUGACCCUCCCCCCUCUCAUGCUCUCUCUAUCUCAUUCUCUCUCAAAUGAAUAAGUAAAAUCUUUAAAAAAAAAAAAGGGAAAACCUCUUCAAAUCCUGUGUAAACAAAAGAUGGGCAGUUAUGCUGAAGAGACAAAUGAUCACAUUCUUUCCAAAUGCAGUAUUAUUAAUAAUUUACUUUGAACCUUUCUUUAACACUAAAAAGACCUUAAGUGAAUUCUGAUGAUGAUUAAUGAAUUAUUAUUUACAAAUUACCAUGAGAAACGGUGUUAAUAUUUGGGUCAAAGUAAUGUUAUUGAUAUAUAAUCUCUUUUAGCACCUAAUGUAAAAAAAACCUGGGCACAUAAGUAAUUCACUUUGUUUUCAUUAUGUUUUGAAUGACGACUUUACUCUUUCUGUACAAACAAUACAUUCCCAUUAGUGGAAAUUCCAUCAAGACACAGAAGUACAAACUAGAUGGUGAAAAAUUAUAGAAAAAUCUUACCAACCAGGAGCUGUGAACAUCUGCUAAACUGAAUUCCAGUUUUCUCUGUAUGUAUACUUAUGUCUAGGUCUCGAUCUGUAUGUGAUAAGUGCAAUCUACCUAUAGACAUAUAGAAAUGAUUUUAGUAAAGUGGAUAAGAGAAGGAAAAGAAACCAAAGAAAUUAUUUUAGAUUGUUGUUUCUUUAACAAAGGCAUGUGUGUUCCUAAAAUACUCCUCUGAAGCAGGGGUCUCAAACUCAAGUGCCUUCAGGAGUAGAAUAUGAUUCAUGAAGCAAGCUGUAAAUAGCAAGUCACUUUGUAUUGUUCUCAAAAUAAAAAUCUCUCUGAUUACAUUGCCUCUGUCAUCACCGAGUAGAUCAAACAAAAUGAGCAAAAUAUUUCCACAGGAAUAUUGAUGGACCAUAUCCAGACCACAGCUCUCCAGAUUGUUACCCUCACAAAGAUUAAGAAAAGAUUAAGAAGUUAUAGUCAAUUUAUUGCUUAAGUGAUGUAUUUCAUUUAAGACAGUGUGAAAAAUUUAGAAAUUAGUUCUCUUAAAACUUGAUUGCACCUAUUUUGUCCAUUCUGAAACUAGUUCUCUUAGCAAUACAUUAAUUUUAUACUACCAAACAUUAAAAUACUUAUAUUUAAUUUCAUCAACCUAAUUUCCAUUUUAACAAAACCUUGGUUCUACAUGGAUUUAAUGUUCACUAAAUGCCGAAGCACCCCAAUUCCUGACUUCUUUAUUUUCAUUAAUCUCUUGGUUGACUUGUUUUCAGCUAUCAGUUUUCCCAAAAGGAACUCAUAAAAACUAUGAAUGCAAUCCUGGUUGAGAAUAUGUAACUUUUGCUUAAUAAUUGAACAGCAUCUUGGCUCAACAUAAGCAUUUUUUUUUCCUCAAAACUUUGUAGACAUUGCUAUGGAGAAGUCUGAAAUUUGUGGGUUCUUUUUCCUCUUACUUUUUUCAUUUGGAUGCCCAAAGAAUUUUCUCUUUAUCCUUGGAGUUUGAUAACUUUACCAAAAUAUGUUCCAGGAUCAUCAUUUUAUAUCAGGUUCUUCGGAACACAAUAUGCUCUUCCAUCAAGCUACACAUACAGUUUUUCCAGUCUUAUGGAGAAAUGUCUUCUGGCAUAUAUUUGUUGUGAUUAUCCCAUAGAAAUGAAGUGGACUCGCCACCCCCAACUGGAACAGGUUUGGUGUGGAGACUGAUGAAGGUACACACACACUGAGAAGGUAUGAAAAGUUUUAUUACUCAAAUAGGCUUUCUGGGAGGAGUCUCCCAAGGAGGUCCAUAAAUGGCUUGGGAGAAGGGAGAAGGGCUCUUGGCAUGAGGUUGCAUGGUGUUUAGCGAGUGGGGCCAGCAAGAAGAUUAUCCCGUGCUGACCAGCAGUUUGUGUGUUUUGAACUUCUUGCCAAUGCUAAAGGAGGGAGCCCCAAGUUUCCUGAUUAGUCUGCCUGGGUAUGGGGCAGCAUGGGGGAGGGGGUGAUGGGGUAUUGAAGGCUGUGAGCCCUCAAACAUCAAAAAUGGAGUCAGACUCCUUACUACAAUAUUUGAAUGUAUUUUUGUGUCUAUUUGUUGGGUUCUUUGCCUUGGGGACAUAGUUAUCUUUGGGUUGGCCUUUCUGUGUUCUUGGUAUCUACUUUGUGUUUGUCUCUUUCCUUUGCUAUGAAUAGUCCCUUCCUUUCUAUUAAAAAUUCAAUUUGCACUUGUGUUUAGUCUGUUUCUCUCCGUUUCUAGUUUAUGUAUUA